AUGAAUAGAAAGCUAUUUAGGAUUUUUUUACUUUUAGAUCUUGUGAUAUUUCUAUACCUAAUUGUAAUAUACAUAAUUCCAAAUAUACCUGAACAUCAAAAUCGUAUUGAUCUUGUCGCUGAUGUUGCUAAAUUUGCCAAUCCUCUUAUAGGAACUGCUAAAG